AUGGCUGCGGUCCCUAUGGACAUCUCUGCGCUCACCGAGGAGCAGCAGAUCGCCUUGCAACAGUUUACAUCGGUGACAGACCAGAACCUCGAAUCGGCCAUUCCACUCCUCCAGCGCUGUCAGUGGAAUGCACAGAUUGCCAUCACCCGCUUCUUCGACGGCGACUCCGAAACCAUCGACCCGGUCGCAGAAGCCGCGCGCGCAGCUCCACCGCCUCCACGGAAUGUACGAAGAACGGAGGCUCUUAUCGAUGGCAUACCAACAAGGUCCGGAGCUCGAAGAGCAGGACUCGAACCUGCUCCGAGAGUCGUGCCCACGCCAGAGAAUCAGAUGACACAGUCGAUGCCUUUCCCAUUCUCAGUACUUUUCCUCCCUGUCAACAUCAGCUAUAUCAUCUUCUCGAAGCUAUUUGGAGCUGUUGGCUACGUCUUUCCCAUAAUACCACGGCUGCUUGCGCGAUUCUGGUCUGGACGAGCUUCACAACCGUCUCGCGACAGUAGACGAAGGCCUCUGGCUCCGAGGGACACGGCGGCCCGUUUCAUUCGCGAGUUCGAGGAGCAAUAUGGCGUGACAAAUGGAACACUACCAUUCUUCGAGGGCGGCUACGCCCAAGCAUUCGAUGUCGCUAAGCGCGACUUGAAGUGGCUGGUUGUGAUCCUCCUCUCGCCUGAACACGACGAUACAGCAGGUUUCUGCAGAGAGACUCUUCUUUCGCCAGAGUUCACCACUUUCGUCAAGAGCGACAGCAAUAGUAUCCUGCUGUGGGCGGGCACAGUGCAAGACGCGGAAGCAUACCAAGUCAGCACAGCACUGAACGUUACACGCUUCCCAUACGUUGCUCUGAUCGUCCACACACCAUCAGUAUCCUCAACAGCCAUGUCGAAGGUGGAGACAUCGACCGGACCCAUCACGCCGCAGGAUCUCAUAUCCAAGCUACAAGCUGCGAUGCAGAAGCAGAGUCAGGAGCUGGACAGAGUGCGAAGGCAACGACAAGAGCAAGAAGCUACACGGAACUUGCGGCAGGAGCAAGAAAGUGCAUACGAGCGGUCACUCGCUCAGGACAGAGAAAAGGCCCGACGGAGAAAGGAGGAAGAGGCAGCCAAGGAGAAAUCGGAGAGGGCGGAACGUGAGAGAUCAGAGCGUAAGGCGAACGACGCGCGACAACUUGCUCAAUGGCGAAGAUGGAGGGCACAGAGCAUACCACCGGAACCAGGUGCGGACGCAAAGGAUGCUGUGCGGAUGAGUCUGCGAAUGCCAUCUGGCGAACGAGUGAUACGGAAGUUCCGAGCGGACGCAGACUUGGAGGAAUUGUAUGCCUUUGUGGAGUGCUACGAUGUUCUGGAGGAGACACAUGAGAAGGAGGUGUCGGAGCCGGUCAACUACGAUCAUGCCUACAAGUUCCGGCUGGUGUCGCCCAUGCCACGAGAGGUGUACGAUCUGGACAAGCAAGGUAGCAUUCGGAACAGAAUUGGCAGGAGUGGUAAUUUGAUAGUGGAGAAGAUUGUAAGGGACGAUGAUUCGGAAGAGGAGGAGGAA